CUGACACAUUGCCCAAAACGACGACAUAUUAUUUCAUCACUGUACUGCCGACGCGAUUCCAAGUUGGCCCAAAUCAACAAACAUGGACCCAUUUAGUGCUCUACCAAUAAAUCCAUUACUCCACUAAGUUUACAAAUUUGGCAAGAAAAUAAACACGUGACGCGACAACUUACGUUGACUCUUUAACGUGUCCGUAACUUGAACCACGUGGGACAUUAUCCAGUUGUCGAAUCUGACGGUGUAAGAACGACAAUAAACUCUCAUCACCGCGUAAAAUGAUAGGUCUGUCCGUAAAUUUCUGGAACUAUCUGCCCACGUUCCAAAGCAACACCAUAUCUUGAAAAAUCUAUAAAAACAAGAGAAUCAAACACGAAGACACCGUCCAAGGUAACAAAAAAAAAAGAAAGAAAUGAUGAAGUCUUUGAUUUGUCUCACCCUCAUCCUCCUCCCUCUCAUCGCCGUCGUGGAAGGCAACCUUGGUGGGUGGAAGAAGAUCGAGGACUUAUCGGAUCCGAACGUGGUAUCGCUCGCGAAGUAUGCGGUUGAUGAGCAUAACAAGAAGUCGAAGGCGAAUCUUGUGUUCGUGAAGAUAGUCGAGGGAAAGGAGCAAGUGAUCAACGGGAAAAAGUACGAUCUGAAGAUUGCGGCGAAGGAUGGUGGUGGUGCGAUUAAGAACUACGAGGCCGUCGUGGUGGAGAGGGUGUGGGCUCAUUACAGAAGUCUUGAGUCUUUCAAGGCGGUGUAGAUCUGAUUUGGAACAUUGAUCUGAUAUCUAUAUAGGUUUGAGAUUUUGACAUUAUAUGUUGUUGUUGUUCUGUAAUAGAAAGUCUUCGUGAGAUUCAAUAAAAGAUCUGUUUUACUUGGAAGUUGGAACUCCGAUUCGGGGGUUGAAUCGAUCCAAGAGGAUGUAUCAUGUAUGGAGUUGCAGACGGCACGUGCGUCGUUUGUGACUUUUGGCUUAUGUGUUUUCUUUUUUAUAUUAGAACAGUUUGAAAGAUUAUUUUUUUUCAAAAUCUAUUCUAUUACUCCAUUGGGGGUUUUUCGUCUUGGAAUUCAUAAAACAUGUAUUAUAUGUGUAUAUAUUAUAUAGGUAUAAGUAUUUGUGGGGUUCAUAAUUUUUGUAGAAUUCCAUAGACAAAGAUUCUUAAAAUGAGAUUUUGGAACCUUUGUUUAUGGGCUUCUACAAAAAUUAUGGACCCUAUAAUUACUUAUAAUUAUAUAAUACUAGAUUUGGGCCCGUUGCGUUGCAACGGACUUUGUUUGAUAUUUUGACUAAUAAAAAAUAUUAUAAAUAAAG